GCACUUAGCACCUGAGUGACAGAAAGAGCUCUAAUUAAGUUUAGUAAUUUAUCUCACUCAGGGCACCGGCUUUUGAGUUUACGAGGGGCAUAGAAUAGAGAGGAGAAUGGAAAUUCAGAAGGAAGGUCAAGCAGCGGCGGCUAAAAUCUGGAAAUUCGUUUAUGGCUUUGCCGACUGUUUAGUCCUCCGAUGUGCCAUUGACCUCGGAAUUGCAGACAUAAUCCAUAAGCAGGGAGAACCCUUGACGCUCUCUGAACUGGGGGCUCAAAUUCCUGUGCAACCGGUCAACACCGAUCACUUGCACAGGUUAAUGCGUUACUUGGUGCACAUGAAGAUCUUCACCAAGGAAACCCUAGAUGGCGAAGCACGAUAUGGGCUGGCUCCACCGGCUAAGUUCAUUGUAAAAGGGUGGGACAAGAGCAUAGUGUCAAUCAUAUUAGUGGUCACCGACAAGGAUUUCAUGGCACCCUGGCACUGCCUCAAGGAUAGCUUGUGCGGCGAGGGGACAGCUUUUGAGAAGGCGUUAGGGAGGAGCAUAUGGACAUACAUGGCUGAUCAUCCGGAGAAGAAUAAGCUCUUCAAUGAAGGAAUGGCUUGUGAUACCAAACUCCUCAUAUCAGCCUUGGUUCAAGACUGCAAGGAUUUAUUCCAAGGAAUAAUGUCGUUGGUGGAUGUUGGUGGAGGCACUGGAACUGCCAUGAGAGCCAUUGCCAAGGCCUUUCCCCACCUAAAAUGUACAAUUUAUGAUCUACCUCAUGUCAUUGCCGACUCCCCUGAUUACCCUGAGGUCGACCGGAUUGCAGGCGACAUGUUCAAACACAUUCCUAGUGCCGAUGCCAUCUUAUUGAAGUGCAUCCUCCAUGACUGGGAUGAUGGUGAAUGCAUUGAAAUUCUAAAGCGAUGCAAGGAAUCAGUGCCUAGAGAGGGUGGAAAAGUUAUCAUCGUCGACAUAGUAGUAGAUUUGGAAUCUAAGCAUCCCUUAACAAAGACUAGACUAAGCUUGGAUUUGGACAUGAUGGUCACCACUGGAGGAAAAGAGAGGACUGAGGCAGAAUGGAAGAAGCUUUUGAAUGCUGCAGGGUUCCCUGUAUUUAAGAUUACACAUAUAUCUGCCGUUCAAUCUGUAAUUGUGGCCUAUCCUUAUUAGCCUUUUCUCUCUCUCUCCCCAGGUCCUAGCUACGUCUUCUUCUUCAAUACUAAUAAUAUUUUAUUUUUGGUCGGUUAUAUAUUAGUGUCAUAGGAUGGGUUCAAGUCUAAGGGCCUGUUCGUUUGCUCUCAAGUCAUCUGUAUGUGUAAUAAUUACAUUAAGAGGUAUAUUGGUAUUGGUGAACC